AUGCUGCCCCACACCAACGCGCAUUUCUCGCCGGCCUCGGCUGACUUCUUCUACGAGAGCAAAUUACCCCAGAAGAACAUAUCAAAGACGUACCGACAGGCAUCCACACUCUUCCUCACACGUCGACUCCCCGAAGCCCUAUCGACGGUGCUGCCGCUGGUCACCCCGCCGGAGCCGACGACGGACGAGAACGACGACGAUGGAGAUCCCGCACCCGUGGCGCAGGCAUCACGCUCGACACGGAUCAAAGUAUGGAGCCUGUACCUGACGAUACUCAACGCCAUCGUCGAGCUGGAGCCCGAUGAAGGGAAGGACGCGUUUGGUAGCCAGGAGUGGAGGAGCCUAUGCAACAGUGUCCGGGAUGGUCUUAUCUGGGACGAGGUGGUGCGGAACGGAUAUCACGGUGUCGAGGCUGAUGUGGAUUCGGAUGUCGUCAUCAACUUGGCGACCCUGCUGCUAGCACAUGCUCGCGACCAGAUCCUGAACCAGAACAAGCUAGAAAACUACCUCGCCUCGGCAUCGACACCGAACUUGGAUAUAAGCGACAGACUGUCAUCAGCAUCUCCCGGCCCGCGAAACGGCUACCGCCGCCGCUCGCCGUCCAAGGGGCCCAGCGGGGCCAACACGCCUCGCGACCUCAACGCCCGCGUCAAGAUCCUGGAGCUGUACACGCUGCACGUUCUGAUCCGCAACAACGAGUGGGACUAUUCGCGCGAGUUCAUCAGCAUGUCGGCCGUGCUGGAUGAGGAGCGCCGCGACGCCUUCCUGCAGGCCCUGCAAUCCCUGCAGGAGGAGCAGGAGGCCCAGGAGCGCCACGAGAGGGAGGAGCGCGAGCGGCAGGAGGACAAGCUCCGCCGCGACAUCGAGGAGAUGGCCAGGCUCAGAGCCGAGAACGAGGCCCGCGAGAGGAGACGCAUCGAAGAGGAGCGCGCCAGGAGGGAGGCUGCAUCAUCCGCCACCACGAGCAGCGAGGUCGACUACGGGGUCGACGACGACCUGCCCCGUUCCUGUACGGGCGGGAGCGUCACCAGUCGUUCCGGGCCGGCCACAUCAUCAUCAGCAGAAGCAGAUGUACCGUCGUCGAGGACGGGACCGCGAUCGGUGAGGCCGUCCUUGUCCGGCAGGGCGAGUAAUGGCAAGGCAAAGACGCCGGGAUCCGCAGCACCCCUGUCUUUCACAGCCAGGGCGUCCAUCGUCAUGGGUCGUCUACGCACCAUCAUCGAGCAGCUGGGCAUGUCGCUGAACAACAACCCUGCUCUGCUCGUGAGGCUGCUCAUGUUCGUCAUGAGCUUGGUCUUCAUGUUUGGUAGCAAGGCUGUACGGGAGAGGGUGCAGCGUGUCCUCGGUACAUCGUGGGCCAAGAUUAGCGCGACAGCCGGCAUGGGCACAAAGGUCAGCUACAUAUAG